AUGGACCACAGACGCUACGAUGAGGCUCCAGAUGUUAUCAGGCAUCAGCCACCGAUGGUAUAGCACUUCAGCCGGAGUAAAACUACUGUUUGAAAGCUAACUAUUCUCCGAUAGGCAAUUGAUACUGCCCUUCGAUCACAUUGUGGCAUCUGGGCCAAGCAAUAUUUCGUUGCCGUUAUCAUGGACGACGGCACACCUACGACAUUCUUCAGCCCAGGCCCGAAAUUCCAUGAUAGCGUCGUCCGCCAAUUUUUUGACGCCAAGAAGUUUCAGCAGGUGGCAGGCCAGUUUGACUCUGGUGAGUAUCUUAUGAUCUCCCUUGCGUACUAUUCAUGUGGCUUCUGACGCCCUACACUGCAGAUCAGAUAGGAACCGAAUCUAAUGGCCCGGAUGAAACGGAUGAAAGCAUAUAUUUCCGACCGGUAUUUGGCAACAGAUACCAAACCCUUGACCGACUGCUUCUACCGAGUAACAGCGAUGGCGACGAAGGAGCCGGUUACUUACCGCGGUUAGGGCGAAAGCGCCCGAGAGCACGUCAUACAGUCGAAGACGAGGACCUAACGGUGCCAAUCCUGUUGCAUAGGGGAAUACGAGUGAGCGACGCGAGGGCUCUUUGGAGUUUCUACGACCAGCGCUUCGAGAGUUGCCAGCAGUCUGCAUGUAAGCUCAUCGCGAAAGCCUGGGUCAAAGCAGUGGAACCUAAGAAGCAGUCAACACACCCUUACACUGGCAGUGAUGCCAAAGCUCCUGACUGGUGGCCGAAGCCUUGGGGUCCGACUAAGGAGAAUAGAGUCAGACACAAGGAGCCUGACCAUUUAUACAAAAGAGGUACGUGAGAACCAGCAUCAAAUCUGCUGUGUGGCUAUACUGAGAAGACACAAGAACGUGUUCAUCUACUGAAUCAUAUCCUGGCCAUGAUUGUGGAGCCCAUCGCAAAGCAGCAUCCCAACGUGCGAAAACUGCAUCUCAACCUAAAGAAGCUGGAAGAGUGCACUAAUGAAGCUCUCUCCGGGUUCUUUGGAGAAACUCCACAAAAUGCUAGCAAGAAGCUGUUUCUCAACGAAAUCUUCAAGGUGGCUAGGCAACAGGACCUUUUCAAGAAUGGCGAGAUUGGUAAGAACCUCAUGAAUCCAUUCACGGAGCAUACGUCUCUAACAUGUCCCGCCCCCCUUUUUUGCAGAUGCUGCCACAGAACUAUAUAUAUUGAACGAUGAAAGAAUGGUGGAUAAUCUCUCUCCAGACAACAACGAGGGGCCCUUUGGUCACCAUCACGAUGACCAAAACAUGUCGCCAUCGACACGUUCUAACAUUACCCACAGCUUUCACCAAACGCCGUCCUCUAAACACAGCCCAGCAAUAA